AUGUCGUACCCACCAGUUCGCCGAAUCGUCACUGGCCACAAUGCACUGGGUAAAUCGGUCGUGGAAAGCGACAUGCAGUUAAUUCCUGCUGAAACAACGUCCAUCAAUGGUACUGCUGCCCUCAUAGGCACCCUGGCAUUCACAAACUGCUACCGAUCCGAUAAGUUACCUCCAGACGUCCAGGAAAAGUGGAAGGAUCCUUUUGGGCUACCAUUGCCCUUAAUUGGGGAGAACGCUGCCAUGGUCAGGAUUGUCGACACACCGCCGGGAUACAGCGCAUUCAUGCACCGAACGAUAAGUCUAGAUAUGGGUGUGGUUUUGAGCGGCGAAGUUUACAUGGUCUUGGACGACGGGUCGGAAACUCUGAUGAAGCAGGGAGAUAUUGCAAUCCAAAGGGGCACGAUUCAUGCAUGGAAGAAUGUUGGAACAGAGCCGGUGAGGAUGCUUUUUGUAUUGAUUGGGUCAAACCCAAUCAAUAUAGGAGGGGAAACCUUGAAAGCAACUCCGACGUACUUGGAUGACAUCGAGUUUACGGUAUAA